AUGUUAAAUGUUAUUUUUUUUUUACUUUUCCUCAAAUCUAUGUUAUUGUUUCAAGUACAUUAUCAACACUCAAUGCAAAUAAUUGGAUACUUACUCAUAUCUGUACACUCGUCGGAUAAUUGUUCGGGAUGAGAGACCAAUGAAUGAUCAGCAUACGAUAAGACGGCGCAGGUACCAGACACAAUACCGUCAUAAAUUCAGAUAAUCAGAUUAACAUCAACACAUCAUCAUAUUUUCUACAGUACGGAUAAUCGUCGUCAACAAGAAGGUUUAUGUUGUAGUUUAGUGUCUGUAUGCGUUAAAAUAUACUGACUGCAAUCAAAAAACACCGUUUACUGUCGGGAACUUAAAUCAUGUUUUGGAUCAUUGGUGUAAUAUUACUCGGUGCGUUGUAUGCUAGUUAUCUAUGGCGAUCCAACAGAAACUUACCUCCAGGCCCUUGGGGUGUUCCAAUCCUCGGCUAUCUGCCAUGGCUAAAUCCUACACAACCUUACAAAACGUUGACGGCACUGGCAUAUAAGUAUGGACCAAUUUACAGUAUUCAAAUGGGGAAACAUUUUGCAGUAGUUAUGUCGGAUCCAACAUUGGUUAGAAAGGAAUUAGCACGAAAUGAACUUGCCGAUCGCACUAAUUUCGAAGUUGUCAACGAAAUCAUGCAAGAACAUGGUCUGAUAUUUACACGCGGACCUCUUUGGAAAGAACAGCGAAAAUUUGUUUGCAAUUGGCUUAAGGAAAUUGGCGUGUCUAAGUUUGGGGAGAAGAAAAAUAACUUACAACUACUUAUUUCCGACGUCGUGUCUGCUUCAAUUUCGAAAUUACGACAGUCAAAUGAAAGUCCAAUUGACACAGGAACUUUUUUUCUAGUACACGUAGGAGAUUUCAUAAAUCUCAAAGUGUUGGGUAAAGCGUGGCCAGAAGAUGACCCUAAUUGGAUUUAUUUAAGAAAUUUGGCUGAAGAUGGAUCCAAAAAAUUUGCUAUAGCUACGCCAUUGAGUGUUUUGCCAAUAUUGAAGGUAAUACCGAAGUACAGAAAUACUGUUUUUGAAGUAGUCGAGGGAGUUAAAAAUACGCAUUGCAUAUAUAAAACAUUGAUGGAAAAACGAGGUAACGAAAUCAAUGAAUGUGACGAUCUGAUGGCUAUGUUCAUGAAAGAAAUGACAAAAAGAAUAAACAACACGGAUUCCCACUUCUUCACCGAAAAACAAUGUUGUUUUCUUCUGUCUGAUAUUUUUGGUGCUGGUGUAGAAACUACCGUGAAUACCCUAAGAUGGUUUCUUCUUUAUAUGGCUUUAAAUAAAAAAAUACAGAACGACGUACAGAAAUUGUUGGAUUCUGCAUGCACCAAUAACGGAAUAAUAGAUUUAGAGCAGAUUGAAAGCAUUCCAUUGCUAAAAGCUUGUGUGUCUGAAACUAUGCGUUUACGGCCAGUAGCUCCAUCUGGAAUACCCCGAUCGGUCAACAGCGAAAUUACAAUUUUAGGUUACCGCAUACCAAAAGGGACCAUGGUUUUACCUCUGCAGUGGGCAAUGCACCACAACGAAAAGUAUUGGACGGACCCGCAAGUAUUUCAACCGAAAAGAUUUUUAGAUGACAAAGGAAAUAUGAUACACAACAAAGCGUUCAUGCCAUUUCAAGCCGGUAAAAGAGCUUGUGUUGGAGACACGCUUUCCUAUUGGUUACUCUAUUUAUUCGGUGCAAAUAUUAUUCAUAAUUUCAAUGUUUCCAUAGAAGACGGUCUAUCUGAAAAAGAAAUUAACACCAUCAUGGAUGGGGAGUUUGGCAUAACGCUCAGUCCGGCUACGCACAACAUUGUUUUUAAAUCUCGAAUUUAAGAUGAAUUGAUG